AUGGGGUGCUGCAUGAGCCGCCUCCUAAAGACCACCGUCACGCUGCUCAUCCUCGUCCUUGUCCUCAUGCCCGGUGCCAUUGCCGCCACCACCGCUAGCUUCGACGCCUCACGAACCCAACAGCUGCCGCUGCCUCGCGGGACGGUCCACGGGCCAGAGAGCGUCGCCUUCGACGGCAACGGCCAGGGCCCCUACAGCGGCGUCUCAGACGGCCGGAUACUCAAGUGGAACGGCGACAAGCUGGGAUGGACUACGUAUGCUUACGGACCCGGCUACGAUAGCAUGACUUGCACGGCUUCCAAGUUCAGCCGGGAGACUGAGAAUGCCAGGGAGAGCCGUUGCGGCCGUCCGCUCGGCCUACGCUUCAACCAGAAGUCGGGCGACCUGUACGUGGCCGACGCGUACAAGGGGCUGAUGCGUGUACCACCCGGCGGCGGAGAGGCCACCGUCUUGGUCAACCAGGUUGACGGUUUCCCUCUACGCUUCACCAACGGUGUUGAUGUCGAUCAAGUUACGGGUCGGGUCUACUUCACGGACAGCUCCAUGAACUAUCAAAGGUCACAACAUGAGAUGGUCACUCGCACAGGGGACUCGACGGGCCGCCUCAUGAGCUAUGACCCACACACUUCCGAUGUCACGGUGCUCCAGGCGGGCAUGACAUACCCAAAUGGCGUCGCGCUCAGCGCCGACCGGUCCCACCUCGUGGUCGCGUCUACUGGCCCGUGCAAGCUGCUACGGCAUUGGAUCAACGGUGCCAACGCAGGCACAUCCGAGCCUUUUGCCGACCUGCCUGGAUAUCCAGAUAACGUGAGGCCCGACAUGAAAGGAGGGUAUUGGGUGGCGUUGCACCGUGAGAAGAAUGAACUGCCCUUUGGCCGUGGUAGUCAUCGCCUCGCUGUCAGGGUCGGUGACGAUGGAAGGAUAGUCGAGGAGAUGAGAGGGUCAAAGAUGGUGCGGCCAACGGAGAUCAUGGAGAGACCAAAUGGCAAAAUCUACCUGGGUUCGGUGGAGCUUCCUUACGUCGGUGUUGUUAAGCGCAAGUAGAGAACAG